UGUUGCAUUCAAAGGAGGAAGCAAUAACAAUACGUGUGAUGAAGUUGAGGAAUGGAAGCGGUAUCUCAUAUCUCACACAGGCUCCUCAGCAGCCCCCCACUAUCCUGCAGCAGCUCCCAGCAACCAUGAUGCCUCCUGGCUCCGCUGCUUCCAUUAGGCCUGGUGGUCACGUCAAGGAGGACCUUGUAGAGCUGAUGAUGAUCCAGAAUGCCCAGAUGCACCAGGUCAUCAUGAACAACAUGACCAUGUCAGCUCUCAGCUCAUUCGGAUACACCAAUGCUUCAUCGGGCCCUGUGCAGGCUUCCAGAGACCUGGUUAUUAUUGAAGAGAAUGAGGCUGACCCGGAGAUAUAUCACCACUAUUACCAGCCUGCCCUGUACCUAUCCCACCCUGGAUGGCUCCUUAGUCAGGCCACACUAGUCCACCAAGACCCCAACAAAGCCACAUGUUCUCCGCCGCACAGAGACAGGCCUGCUGUCCCUCCUCCUCCUCCCUCGCCCAACACCACUGGGACUGUGGGAGCCGACGUCAUUCCCGCAGCAGAGAACAACAGUGCUGCUGAUGCAGAAGCAGAGAAGAAGAGAGAGUGAUUAGUCCGUCACUCACCAAAUGUUUUUUUUAAUGGGCACUAGUGGGGACAAACAACCUCGAAUGGAUUCACCUUAUCUCAAAGUUCGUAAUUUCAUACAUAUGUUUUGUUUUUAGAAUUAAAUGUGUUUCAUGUCCAAUAGAUGAAACAGGCAAAUGAAUAUGAUAUUGGGCAUUUUUAUCCCUUCAUUAAACCUACAUUACCCAAAUCAUCCAGUAGGGAGCAGCAGCAGCUGUUAGGUGAAGUGGCAAAUACUGUAGACCACAAGCAAUAUACCCAAGAAUACAAGAUGUAUUGCUUUAUUGACAAGCAGUCACAGUAACUCUGUAUGCUAUUCUGCUGAUGUAGACCAUUACAUAGCACUGUGGAUUACAUAGCAAGAGUGUGACACUACACAAGAUCUAUGGCCAUGUAACACUAUGUGACCUUCUCUUUAAAUACACUGUGAUGAGCAGUUAGAAGGAUAACAGGAAGCAGGUUACU